CACAUCCAAAGUAAUAUAAAAGGAGGUGCAGCCACGAGGCAUCGACCUGCACUCCUAGCUAGAAGAGAGAGCGAGCGAGCGAGCUGCAGUGAGCAUCAGCGACGCCGGCCAUGGCGAUCAGGGCCAUCCCGUCCUCCCGCGAGAUGACCGUGGAGGACUUCAAGGAGUGGCUGAAGCAGUUCGACACCGACCGCGACGGCCGGAUCAGCCGGAGCGAGCUCCAGGAGGCCAUCCGCCGCCGCGGCGGCUGGUUCUCCGGCCUGAGGGCCGGCCGCGCCGUCCGCCGCGCCGACAUGGACGGCAGCGGCUUCGUGGACGACUCCGAGGUCGAGAACCUCGUCGCCUUCGCCCAGAAGACGCUGGGCAUGAGGAUCACCGCCUGGUAGAACUGCUAGAACAGCAGUGCACUGGGCAGCAAUAAGCUAAAGCUAGCUAGCUCAAUGGAUUUCAUAUGCUUUAGCUUUUAUGAGCUAUAAGUAUUGCCUCCUAUGGUUGCUUUCCUUUGUGUGGUAAUUAACUGGUAAUUUUUUUUAACUUUUAUGUGCCUGCCAGCUCUCCUGAAUAAUUUGUGUAAAAGCAGGAGAAUUAAUGUCUGCAAUUAAUCCAGCUAUGAUAGUUUUUGAGUGAUCCUCUGUGGGUUUUAA